GUUAACAAAGCUCUUCUUUUGAAAUGGAAGUGGAGAAUUUUGAUAGAGGAUAAUGCUAUAUGGAGUAGAUUCAUUUCUUUGAGAUAUCAUCGUCAUAAACUCAAGAUGCAAGUUCCUAAUGGAGACAUGAAAAGGAAUGACGAUUCAAUUUGGUGGAGAGACAUUUCUAACAAUAACUUGUUAGAUGAUUUUGUUGAUAGCGGUUUUACCGGAUGUUUUUUGUCUUGUUGUAAAAAUGGUAAAAAUAUUCUUUUUUGGCAUAGUUUGUGGUUGGGAGAUCAAUCUCUUCGCGAGCGUUACCCGGAUGUGUUUGAUUUGUCAACCAUAAAAAAUUGUGCGGUGGCGGAUGUGUUGGUUUGGAACAACGGAAAGCACCAUUGGGAGUUGGAGGCCUUAUUUAAUGGAGGGCUGCCAUCGCUUUUUCGCAAGGUACAGCUACUGUUUUGUCGACCGGGACAGCAAUGGUUUUACCGAAUGGGGCAGCAACAUCAGCAGCGUUCGCGGCAGCCCGGGGGCUGUCCUCUUGGGCCCGUUUUUGUGACGAUCUAAACUCUUUUAUCCCGGUAGAAUUGGAGGAGGAUAGCUUCAUGUGGCGCAUCAAUUCGGAAAAGGAGUUUUCGGAGAUUUGGAAACAUAUGUAUGGUUGGGUGGGCAUAAAGGAGGUUUUGAACGGAAUGGAUUUUUUGGAUUUCGGAGUCUUACAAGAUAAAGUGAAUAAUGUUAACCAUAGGUUGAAGUUAAACAUAAUUUGGAUUGCUAUAAUUUGGUGCACUUGGAUUAUGCGAAACGCUAUUAUCUUCAAGGGGGAAGCUUUUUGCUAUGAUGUGGUUUGUUCCAAUAUCAUCUUCCUUUCAUGGAGAUGGUUGUCUUUUGGUUAUCCUAAGUUCAAGGCCACUUACUAUGAAUGGUUCAAAUUUCCUUUAUCUUGUUCUAACGCUUUUUAGCGUCUCUUUGUAAGGGUUGCACCCCUAGUGCGAGCUUUAUAAUGAAUUGCUUAUUAAAAAAAAAAUUCAUAAAUGCGUACGGGUAAUUAUCUACUAAAAUAAUAAAUGAGUAUAACCGCAUGUGCAGGUAUCUUAAGUCUCAUCCCGUCUCAUA